CUCCCAGCGUCGUCGCCUAGGAGACCCUACGGUAGCGGGGCUGGGCCGUUGGGAUGCGCCGGGAGAGAGCGGGGCCCGGCGGGGGCGGCGUCGCCCGCAGCGGCCUGGAGCGCGGCAGAUGCUUGUAAGAAUGGCUGCACUAUUCCGUACCUUGCUGCUGAAUCCUAAGCUGGCUAUAAACUCGAGGAAGACAACUGAGUGUCUUAUGCCAGUGGGUGGUUUCUCAUCAUUGAAUAACUACAGCAUUGUGGAAAAAAACAUACAAUCGUUUUAAAACACAUAAGGAGUAUAGAAGUUCUUUAUAAAAAGAGGUAAAAUUAAAAGUUUUCAAGGCUUCCAACUAGCCUGGUCUUACAAAAUGAAACGGUACACAACUUUGAAACAACUUGGUGAUGGUACCUAUGGCAAUGUACUGAUGGGGAAGAGCAAUGAGUCAGGCGAGCUUGUGGCUAUCAAAAGAAUGAAAAGGAAAUUCUAUUCUUGGGAUGAGUGUAUGAAUCUGAGAGAAGUCAAGUCUUUGAAGAAACUGAAUCAUGCCAAUGUAAUAAAACUGAAAGAAGUUAUCCGAGAAAAUGACUAUCUUUAUUUUGUGUUUGAAUACAUGAAGGAAAAUCUGUAUCAGUUAAUGAAAGACAGGAACAAGUUGUUCCCUGAGCCAGUCAUCAGAAACAUUAUGUAUCAGAUAUUACAAGGGCUAGCUUUUAUACAUAAGCACGGUUUUUUCCAUCGGGAUAUGAAGCCUGAAAACCUUCUGUGUAUGGGGCCAGACCUUGUGAAAAUUGCUGAUUUUGGUUUGGCUAGAGAACUUAGGUCUCAACCACCAUACACAGACUAUGUUUCUACAAGGUGGUAUCGAGCACCUGAAGUCUUGCUGAGAUCUUCUGUUUAUAGUUCUCCUAUUGAUAUAUGGGCAGUUGGCAGCAUCAUGGCUGAACUGUACACACUAAGACCUCUCUUCCCAGGCACAAGUGAAGUAGAUGAAAUAUUCAAAAUUUGCCAAGUGUUAGGGCCCCCAAAGAAGAGUGACUGGCCAGAAGGAUACCAGCUUGCAUCUACCAUGAAUUUCCGCUUCCCACAGUGUGUCCCUGUACAUCUAAAAACUCUCAUUCCAAACGCUAGCAAUGAGGCAUUGAAGCUUAUGAGUGAUAUGCUGAACUGGGAUCCAAAGAAACGACCAACAGCAAGUCAGGCAUUAAGGUAUCCUUAUUUUCAAGUUGGCCAAGUUUUAGGACCCUCUGCACAAUAUUUGGAACAGAAACAGUGUCCUGCUAAACCACUUCAGUCAACUGAGCCAAAGCCAAUUCCACCCAAAUUAGAACCUGUAUCAAAACUAGAUUCUGUAUCCAAGCCAGAAUCUCUGCUUUCACCUGAUGCAUCUGACAGUGUUCAGCCACAGCCUCUGUCAAAGAUUAAUCAGCAGCCUCUCCAGCAAAUUCAGCUACAACAGAAUACAACCAACCAACAGCUCUCCAAACAGCUGCAGCCCCUACAGCCACAGCCAUUUCUUCCAACCAUCAACAAAUGCUCAUCACCAAACCAAGGAGCCAGUGGCCCUCAAAACAGUGCAGUGGGUCUUAAAAAUUGUAGGAGAAGAUGGGGGCAAACUUUGUUAAAGACUACAGACAGUUGGGAGGACUUGGAUGAUUCAGAAUUUGAAAUUUCAUAUUCCAAGAAGCCCAGCAUUGCACUCUUAAAGGAAAAGAAAACAAAGGAUUCUCUCUUUAUUGUGCCAGAGCCAAAGGCCUCAUGUUGUAUCCAGUCAGGAGGGGAAAACAAGGUUCUGAUGAGAAAUGAUUCUGGAAUAUCUAAUACAUCAGCAAAACAAUACUACCUGAGACAAGCAAGGUAUUUUCCUGGUGUAAACCCUAAGAACAUCUCCUUAGUAUCCACCAAUAAAGAAGGAUCUCAUGGAACCUGGAACAAUCCAUUACUUUCCAAACCACUAGGAUCUAUUGGAGGGGGUGUGUCUUUCAGCAGAAAUAAUGCAGUCUACUGCCAGAGAACCACCAGAGGACUUAUCAGAAAACUAGGGGCAGGAGGCAGUCAAAUGGGUGACUGAGCAUUCUGAAGAGAACUCAGAGUUAUGGGAAAUGCUACUAAGCUGUCAGCUAGCAAAUGGUGACCAACCCCAUCAAGGUGCAAUCCAGCAUGGAAGGUGCAUCCCUUCCAAUCCAGCGUGGGUUUUUUUGCACUAACCAACAGUUGAUUUUGUUCUUCUUGAUUUUCAGGCAAAUCCUUAAAAGGGAAGAAGCAAAUAUUAAAAAAAACCCCAGAAGAGUUAUUUUUCUGAAUGUUCUAUUAAAGCUGUUUUUUUCAUCUAGACUUCUUAGUCAUUCUUUAUUGUUUUGUUGAUGUAGGAUGGAGAGUCAGGGAAGCCAAGUACUGUCUCAUCUGCUUUCAGUCCUGCUCCAGAUGGAGGUUUGAGGCUAGAAUACCUGAGGUUGGCUCAGUGCUACCUUCAUUGAGGUUCCCAUGCAGGAAGAUGUGGGCAGGCUCAGAAGAGCUGAAGUCAGUCAAGACUGGUCUGGGGUGCAUGCAGCCAGGUUUACAGCCAAUAGAUCCAACACUUCAAACUGUAACAUGAUUGGGGGAAGGAGAGGAAAAGGAACAUUCUGGGAUUGCAUUGGGAGGACCAGUUUCACUGUAGCAUGUGUGGCAUUGUCUUUGCUAUCUGUUCUAAUGCAGCACUAGAGGAGGCUGACAUGGUGGAGGCCACACAGUAGUUAAUCAUGCUCAGAGCUGGAGCAGUCCAAAUGAUGUACCAAAUGUCUGUGCUUGUUUGGUGUGUUGAUACAUGGUGUCUUGUGUAUAUGUUGAGGACUCUGAAUGGUGGUUAAUUGGAUUUUUCAACUAUAGACAGAGCUGUAGAGAAAGGCCUGAACUUAACCUGGAUACAAUGACUAGAGCUUGAGAGAGUAUGAUAGCCUGAACCUUAUAGCUAGCAGUUAAUUCUGCACCGGGCAAAAUCAGAAGCCUCAGCUCUCAAACUUCCAACCAUUGAGGACAUUUGGGUCUACGUGUAAUUUGUGGCUUAAGAUCAAUUCCACUUUUGAUUUAUAAGGAUACAUUUUCAAUAUUUUAUAAUUUCCAAACUAGCUUUUAGAAUAAACAUGAGUUAAAAGCCUUGGUGGGCAACAGUUAAACUACUGAAAGGGCAGCAUGGCACUAUGGGAUGAGAAUGGUUUAAAAGCAUGAGUGGAAUCCUAGUACUACAGAAGUAUUAAAGACUUCAGCAAAACCAGAAUUCACUUUCUCUCUUUCCCUCCUCCAGUCAGUCAUUCUAACCCUUUCACACAUCCCCGUUCAUUACCAUGCAAUCCUGUUUUAAUUUAUGUCACCUACACUUAAGUCUGAUGUAUGCAGAUGUCAAAAAAGCUCUAGAUUAGCAGUUUUAUCCUGACUAGACAACUGGGGCCAGAUUUUUAGAAGAGUGUAGUUCCCAUUCAGGCAGCUAAAUGAGAGUCAGUUUUAAAAAGUGUUCAGCACCAAGCAGUUGCCAUUGAGGCAGUGCUCAGCUCCUUCAAAACUGGCGCCUUGUUUUGAUUCCUGAAUGAGAGGUGAGCUUGUCUGAGAACUUAGUUGUUGUGAGUUAUGCACCUAAGUGCUUCUGAAGAUCUGAUCUUUAGUGUCCCCAGCUACAUCUCAGUACCCCACAGUCCCUGAACCACUAACCAUCAAAAGAAAAAACAGGCCAAAUAUUAUGCAACAACUGUUGUUCGGUGUCUUCAUUCAUCUUAAACUUCAAACAACACUGUUUCCCAAACAGUGGCAGAUUAAGAUUUAUUGGGGACCUGGGCAAACAGAAAAUUGGAGGCCCCCCACCCCCCACUAUAAA